AUGCUUGCAUUGGAGCACUAUGAUUUUGAUAUUUCACUGGCUCACCCUUUGAAUCAAGACAUAAUUGAAGGAGCAGCAGAGCAAAAUAGGUUUGCAGCACAAGCCAGAGAAGAACUGAAAGAGAAAAAGUAUAAGGACAAGAUACUAGUAGCAGGAGGACACACAAAAGAGAUUCCUUUAGCACUGGAACACUUUGGGUGUUUGGGCUGGGAGGCUCACAAGUACUUUAAUCAACUGUCUGAGAAAUCGGCGCCGCCAUUUAUUAUGAAAGAUGUCACCGGUACGUCGGGGGAGACGCGUAAUGGAAUAUUUUAUGGCUUUCUUGUGGACAUGAUGGAACUGUUGUCUGCCUCUCAUAUGCUAAACUUCAGCUACACAAUGAGUGAAGUUCCAAACCGUGUCUACGGCACAAUAGAUCCCGAAACAAACCAAGCAACAGGAAUGGUUGAAAGACUCAUAAACUGUGAUGCCGAUCUUGCAGUGGCUGCUUUUACCAUCACGGCACUGCGAGAGACAUAUAUCAGCUUUACUAGACCUUUCAUGAAUACUGGUCUUGUAAUGCUUGCAACAAAGUCGACACCGACUGAAGGAGGUUUGUGGUCUUUCUUGGAUCCAUUCGACUGCUGGAUAUGGAUAUGCAUUCUGGUGUCGUUCCUUGUUUGUGGUGCUUGCCUCGCUGUUCUUCAUCGGGUGAGUCCUUAUGGGAGGCGAACAGUAGAUCAUCCCGAUGAUCUACCGUACACGUUCAAGCUAAAUAACAGUGUGUGGUACUUUUACUCGACUUUCAUGCAGCAGGGACCAGAGGCUGCAGCCUUCUUCUCGGGAAAAGUCUUACUGGCCGGUUGGUUCUUCUUCUGUCUCAUUGUAGUUUCAACGUAUACAGCAAACAUGGCAGCUUUUCUCACCGUCAAGAGCUUCCCAGAAAGCAUCGAAUCUGUAGACGAACUAUCCAGGCAAACGCAAGUCAAGUAUGGCGUGACAAAACAAACGUCCGUUAGUGAUUUUUUUGAGCUAUCAUUCAUUGAAACGUAUCAUCGCAUGCACAACUAUAUGAGAACAACAGAUGGCGUCAUGAUGAAUACAACCCAAGAUGGAAUCAAUCGUGUAAAAAACAGCAAACCGGGGGAAUACAUUUUUAUAGGAAGCAAAGCUCUUCUUGAAUAUCCGUCGAGCCAGGAACCGUGCACGUCAAAAUUAGUAGGAGACACAUUCAACCGAGGUAGCUUCGGAAUAGCGAUGCCAAAAGGCAUGCCAUAUCUUGAAGACUUUUCUCUAGCAAUCCUCAAGCUGAAAGAGAUGGGAAAACUAGAAGAACUAGAGCGAAAGUGGUUGAAGAGCGGGCCCUGUUCGCAACAGAGUGAUGAUGACGAUUCGGACAAUCAAGCAGUUAAAAUACCACAAAUGGCUGGAGUGUUUCUUCUCCUUGUUAUUGCUAUCUUGCUGUCGCUAUUGGUGGCGAUAGUAGAAAGAUACGUGUGGCGAUGUAAAACAACAAAACGACAGCGACUGGGAUCCGUCAUCAAAAGAAAGCAUGAACACGUCAGGAAUCCAAAUCCUUCUCAAAACAAUCUAAGAGCAAACGGAAAUCAAAACGGCACGGUGAAAAUCCAGCCUGUCUAAGACAAGAAUGAUAAAAUUACUGUCGACAAUAUGUAAGGGUUUAAUUAACAUGUAGUGGUACGUUAUAGUACAUUAACUUGUAAUGUAAGUAGAAACUCGACAUGCGUCACUAAUAACGCUUGUCGUGGUUUGCAUCCGCUUAACUUAAACAGCAGUAUUACGUUGAAACUAUUAGCUGCUGGGCUCAGAAAAGGUAUUAUUAAUUAAUGGCAAGUUGUAUU